AGCACUUACUCUUCAGAAGAAAUGAAAUUCUCGAUACCCUGACAACAGCAUAGGACGAAGUCCCAUAUACACUCAUCGUCGUCGCUCGACGGUCUCUCCAUAACAUCAAGAACACCAAAAUCUUCGGCUUCUCUAUGCGGAGCUCCCGGCCGGUGCCUUUGCAUAUGGAGUUUGUCCCAGCAAAGUAAUUCCAGAUAUGUGGCCGACACCCUCUUUGCAAGCUCCAUAUUCCAUACCUCUCUUGUUCGUGACAAGUAAUUGAUUAUGACCAAAUGGCCACCCGAUGAUAAACUCACAGGAUGGAAUUGCACCAGCUAUUUGGAUAUGGUCUGACUGAUGCUGGCUUAUGGUGCUCAUCCUCUUACCCUACAAUUACAUCAAUACCUAACAGGUCAUUAAAUUCCUUGAAAUUUGAUAGUGGAAGUUCUCCUUGUUUGCCCUUCUCAAGUCCACUUGAAAGUGAGACCCUACCUCCACCGAGAGACAAUCGAGAGCAGCAGAGCUCUGCUGAAAAUCUUUCUAUAAGUAGCGCCUCUUGUAAGUACACCCUUGAAACCAACAGCAAUCUCGUUUGUUCAUCAAAAUCCGACUUUUGCAUUAACCCUCUUUCAAACCAUCUUAUGUCAUACUCUGAUUUGACGUCAUUGUCUGGGAGUUUGAACGGUAGCCCACAGAUGAAAUUUGCUACAAAGGAAUUAGAGGCUACUUUUGACGAUGUAGUAACAUCGCCAUAUGUUUCAUAUUGGAAGGAUAGCAUUCCACUUCUGCAGGGUCAAAAACCUAACAAGCGGAGCCAACAGUGCUAUAGAUCGAGGUCUAGUCAGCCUCAAGCAUCUGUUGCUUUGAGACAUAAGGAAUUUAAUGAAAAUACUCUGUUGGAGAAAUGGCACAAAGCAAUUGAUGAAUCAUUGGUACGCGGUGUCUCAGAAGACAAGAUAAGGCACUUGCUGAUUGAGUGUGCAAAAGCCUUGUCAGAGAACAAUACAGAUGAAUUCGAUAAGUUGGCCAAGAAGGCUUGGACUGCAGUGUCAACAUGUGGAGGGCACGUUCAGCGUCUAGGUGCGUACAUGGUAGAAGGGCUCGUGGCAAGGAGGAAAUCUUUAGGAACUCAGGUCUCCCGUGUCCUUAAAUGUAAAGAGCCGCAAAGUGAAGACUCGCUCACCUACAUGCAUGUUUUGUAUGAAAUCUGCCCUUACUUGAAGUUCGGUUACAUGGCAGCUAAUGGAGCUAUUGCAGAAGCUUGCAGAAACGAGGACUGCAUCCACAUAAUAGACUUUCGAAUUGCUCAGGGAACUCAAUGGGUCACUCUGCUUCAGGCACUCGCGGCGAGGCCCGGUGGGGCCCCACAUGUACGGAUUACGGGGAUUGACGACCCUAUAUCAAGAUAUGCUCGUCGUAUCGGAUUGGAGGAAGUGGAGAGGAUGUUGGCUGGAAUAUCUGAGCAAUUCCGGAUUCCUGUGGAGUUCAAUGGACUUAGUGUGUUUUCCCCUGAUGUUACUAGAGACAUGCUCGAUAUAAGGCCAGGGGAGGCUUUGGCCGUGAACUUUCCACUGCAGCUCCACCGCACCCCAGAUGAGAGCGUCGACAUGAACAACCCAAGGGACGGGCUUUUGAGGAUGGUGAAGUCUCUUUCGCCCAAAGUGAUCACUUUAAUCGAGCAAGAAUCAAAUACAAACACAAGCCCAUUCUUCACGAGGUUCGUCGAAACUCUAGAUUACUACUCGGCAAUGUUCGAGUCCAUAGACGUGGCACUGCCAAGGGACGGAAAUAAUCUGAUUAACACAGUGCCGCAUUGCCUGGCGAGGGAUAUCAUCGACAUCAUUGCACGCGAGGGAAAGGAAAGGGUGGGGCGCCACGAACUGUUCGGCAAGUGGAGGUCGAGGUUGCGAAUGGCCGGGUUUGGUCAAUACCCAUUGAGCGCUUAUGUGAGUUCAGUGAUUAGGAGCUUGUUAAGGCGUUACUCGGAAAAUUUCACAGUGGAAGAGAAGGAAGGAGCCAUGUUGUUAGGUUGGAAGCAGAGGAGCUUGAUAUCUGUUUCUGCUUGGCACUGAUACAAUAAAGUUUGAUGUCUGUAACUUGACUUUUCGAGCUGACUGAUCUUCGAAGCUGCCUCGUAUGUGCACCGACGGAGUGGCGGGAGCUAUUCUGAGCGAGCGAUACCGCGAUUGGAAUUAAGAUAUGCUGUAUUCAAAAUGAACGCUUGAACAUUCAGGCCAUAUCUUGAGCUCCAUAUUUAUAGAAGUUUUAGCCGGUGGCGGGGUCAUGCCCUGUCACUGCUUGGUAAUUGCAUGUGUGGUCCAAGUCCUAGAAAAUGAGUACAGCCACACUGCGUGGGAAGUGCCUGUUAGUUUAAUUGCUAGUGGUGUUUAAUUACUUGUCUAUGGGAUUUAAAGGCUUUUUAUAUCCUUACAUGUGUCGAGCGUGCUU